AUGCGUCCGCUAAGGCGGGAGCGUGCUGGUUGGGUGGCGGGCUGCUGCAGGCCAAUAGCAGCGAAGGUUCUUGGGGAGGCGUGGUCGUGCUGUCGGCCAAUGGGGCUGGCGGUUGUUGCGAGGUGCUGGCAGCGGUGCUCUCCCUCUCGCAGGUGGCGCGCUGCGAAGAUGGCGGCCGCGGCGCAGGCCGGGGCGGGGGCGGCGGGGCGGGCCUCUCCACCGACGGGGAUGGAUUUUCCAUCUCUUUCCUCCGCCCCCUUCUCUCUUUCCCCUCCGCCAGCUGCGGCCAUACCUGUUCUUCAAACAAACAAUGGUCCUGGCCUAAUAGGAUUAGCUACUAUAGCUGCCCAUUUAGUUAAACAAGCUAAGAAAGAACAACUGCUUGGAAGCAAUGCAGAAGAGAAAGCUGUUGUUCAGCAGUGGUUGGAAUACAGAGUGACUCGAGUAGAUGGAUGCUCUGGUAAAGAAGAUACUAGAGUAAUUCUCAAGGAUCUUAACAUGUACCUUGAAGAUAAAGUCUACCUUGCAGGAAACAAUUUUACAUUAGCAGAUAUUUUGAUGUACUAUGGAUUACAUUCCAUCAUGGCUGACCUUACAGUGCAGGAAAAGGAGAAAUACCUGAAUGUGUCUCGCUGGUUCAACCACAUUCAACAUUGUCCAGGUGUCCGACAACAUCUCUCUAAUGUCAUCUUUGUCAAGAAUAGGUUAUAUACCAAUGCUCAUUAAGGAAAAACUGUAAUGUUAUACUGAAAUGGUGAUUGGUAAUUUCGAUGUUAUACUGUCCAAAGCCACUAACUUGCAAAUGCUGGUUUGUAACCUUCUGUAUGUGAACCAAAACUGUUGAUGCCUCAAAUAAUAAUAUUGCAUUGAAUAGCUGUUGUUUGUCAAGAAUUUGAACCAGUAGAAUUAUAUUGUGUAUCUGAUUAAAUUCAACAAUGAUGGAAAGAUGAAAACUGAGCACCAGUUUUUAAUUCACUAUUUUUU